UCUAGUGCAGGCACGAACACGUACAGACUCCCCUGAUUUUUGGAUCUAUUUAAGCCGAGCUGAGUGAACCAAUUGGCCACCACCCACCACGGCUCCAAAACCGCUGCUUUCCUCUAGGUGAUCUUGCUCAAAUUAAUCCCUGAUCGACGAGCUAAGCAACACCUGCAUGGCGAGGAGUUCAUCAGCUCCCGAAUCCAUGGAGGCGGAUCACCAGCUGACAGCGACAGUGACAGCUGCUGCUUCCGGCGACAUGCCGGUGACCGAGCAGCAGCAGCAGAAACAGAUGGUGGCGGUGGCGGCGCCACCGGCGACCGAGAAUGCUGAUGCUGCCGGCGGCGGCGGCGGCGAUAAUGGCGACCACUUGCCGCCGACGGCGACAUCGUUGCUGGGCGGGGCGAGGAGGACGGGGCUGCAUCUGUUCGUGCUGAACGCGAGGAGCGCGCUGAGGCUGGACGAGCUCGGCGCGGAGGUGCUGCGCAUCGCCGUGCCGGCGUCGCUGGCGCUGACGGCCGACCCGCUGGCGUCGCUGAUCGACACGGCGUUCAUCGGCCGGAUCGGGUCCGUGGAGAUCGCCGCCGUGGGCGUCGCCAUCGCGGUGUUCAACCAGGUCAUGAAGGUGUGCAUCUACCCGCUCGUCAGCGUCACCACCUCCUUCGUCGCCGAGGAGGACGCCAUCCUCAGCAAGGGCGCCGCCGGAGCCGACGACGACAACGACGACGGCCACGACGCCAAAGGCCACGGUGCCAGUGCCGCCGCCGUCGCGGAUCCGGAGAAGCAGCAGGUGGUGGGUGUGGAUUCAGCUGAAACCAAUGGCGCCGAGGUCUCGACGGCGGCGGUGCGCACUACUGACGACAAGAAGGCCGCCGCCGCCGGCGUCGGCGUCGGCAAAUGCAGGAGGAGAUUCGUGCCGUCCGUGACGUCAGCGCUGAUCGUAGGCGCGUUCCUCGGUCUGCUCCAGGCCGUAUUCCUCGUUGCCGCCGGCAAGCCGCUGCUGCGCAUCAUGGGCGUCAAGCCGGGUUCACCAAUGAUGAUCCCUGCACUGCGAUACCUGGUAGUGAGAUCUCUGGGUGCUCCGGCCGUGCUGCUGUCUCUGGCAAUGCAAGGUGUUUUCAGAGGAUUCAAGGACACCAAGACACCCUUAUAUGCAACUGUGACCGGCGACCUAGCGAACAUCGCACUGGAUCCGAUCCUGAUAUUCACCUGCCGUUUUGGUGUGGUCGGUGCAGCCAUUGCCCAUGUCAUUUCUCAGUACCUGAUCACGCUGAUAAUGCUGUGCAAGCUCGUGAGGAAGGUCGAUGUCAUCCCGUCCAGUCUAAAAUCACUCAAGUUUCGUCGUUUCCUCGGAUGCGGGUUUCUGCUGCUGGCGAGGGUGGUGGCCGUAACGUUCUGCGUGACGCUGGCGGCGUCGCUCGCGGCGCGCCACGGCGCGACAGCCAUGGCGGCGUUCCAGAUCUGCGCCCAAGUCUGGCUCGCCUCAUCGCUCCUCGCCGACGGCCUCGCUGUCGCCGGCCAGGCCUUGCUUGCCAGCGCGUUUGCAAAGAAGGAUCACUACAAGGUGGCGGUGACCACCGCCCGCGUGCUGCAGCUCGCCGUUGUCCUCGGCGUUGGGCUGACGGCCUUCCUCGCCGCCGGCAUGUGGUUCGGCGCCGGCGUUUUCACCAGCGACGCCGCCGUCAUCAGCACCAUCCACAGAGGCGUUCCGUUCGUCGCCGGCACGCAGACGAUAAACACGCUGGCCUUCGUCUUCGACGGCGUCAACUUCGGCGCCUCCGACUACGCCUUCGCUGCAUACUCCAUGGUCGGCGUAGCGGCGGUGACGAUCCCGUGCUUGGUUCUUCUCUCGUCGCACGGCGGGUUCGUCGGGAUCUGGAUCGCCUUGGCCAUCUACAUGAGCGUCAGAGCAUUUGCUAGCACCUGGAGGAUGGGAGCAGCCAGGGGGCCGUGGAAGUUUCUUCGCAAAUGAGCAUAUGAUCAGUAUCUAGCGUAGUAGUAUUUUUUUUGCAUACUGCUAGUGUAUACACGUACGUAUACGGGAGUAGUAGUAUACAUAAAACCACAUACGUGUUGUACGUAGUAUGUGUCAAUGUGUGUCCACUGGAACGAGAUUCUCUGCAUUACUGUGGCUGACAUGUGGGCUCUAUUUGCUUAAGGGUCCGUAUUGCAGAAGAGUUGAGGCCAUGCCCAGCUGCCCACUGCUACCUCCGUUCCAUAAUAAGUUAACUUAGUACUAGUUUAAUUUAUUUUGGGAUGAAAGGAAUAGCUCUUUUUUUUUUGGUGUUUUAAUAAGCACAACACAUAUAAUAGUAUGAUACAAUAUGACGUCACAACAAAUUGGCAUUGAGAUUUGUCAUUUGAGAGAGUAGUCUUCAUGUACUACUACUAUUUGUUGGCUGUGUAGGCGAGAUCCGGCCAUUGCUGUACUCAGUCACUCACAGUGUCGCAGUUUGUACCAUAUAUAUAUCACAGAUUAUUCACAGCAUUCUCCUGUUUAUUUUC